UGUCCGCCGCCAUCAACAUUUCCACAGGCGACCGGGUGAGCCGCUGCAGCAGCAGGGACAGGAAUCUUCAUCCACUGGUUCUGCCCGAUAAUCCUAGCCCUUUCAGUCAUGGGUCCUGUAACUGGCUUGUUGACAGAAGAUCCCAAAACACUUCUCCCACAGAGUCAGCCACUCCCCAGAGUUAAGAAGGUCCUGUGUUCACUCGAUUCCUGUGUUUACCUGUGUUUGUCCUUUCAAUCCCUUCUUGGCUUAAAUUCAAAUUGUUCAGUAAUAAAAGUCAGCGUCUAGGCUUACUCGUGUUGUAUGUAUCCCUGAUAGAUACCUGGCAUUGUCGCCAGUGACUUGUAUGGCUUGAGAAAAGGAUGCUCAGAAGAUGGUCCUUGGGCCUCUGCACUCUCAUGGGAAACCUGGAAAAGCUCCUGGUUUCGGAUAGGCUCAGUUCCAGCCGAUGUGGUCAUUGAUAGUGAACCAUUGGAUGGAAGCCUCUCUCAGUCUCUCACCCUCUCUGUAACUCUGCCUUUAAAAUAAAUUAAAUCUUUUAGAAAAUUGUGGUUCUGAAGGGUCUGUGGAUUAGGGGGCCAUUCUAAGAAGAGGAUGAUCCCAUAGUGAGCUGGAAAGACAUACCCAAAGAAUUCAAUUCUGGGAGCAUGGGUUUCCUCAAUCAUGUAGGCUCUGUACUCCCUGGUACAUCUCUCCUGAUUACUAAAAUGCUGUGCUCUGUAGCCUUAAUGCUACCCUGGCAUCCCUGUCAGCACAUACUUCCCUUAUUCUGUGCAGUAACUGACUGGAUCUAAGAUAAGCAUGAAAUAGCGCCAACUACUGUGAAAAUAAUGUAAAGAUUGACUUUGAAAGCCUAUAAACGUAGGAUGAGAUGAACAGGAUGAGGUUUUAGGGAGUUUUCUGUGGGACUUGCCACUGUCCAUAUUGCUUUGUCUCCAAGUUCCUAGCCAAGGGUUAGAUCACAUCCUUUGCCGUCAUUGCUGAGUCCACGGGGAUUGGGAAAUAGAUGGGACAAUUACCUUGAACUUGUCUGUAAUGAGACUCUCAGGGAGUCUGGUCUCAGGGGUCAUGGAAGCCAUGUAAACACCUGUCUGUGACUCCCCACACAUCCUUUCUGCACGGAGGGGGAAGGCUGUGACCAUCUCCUCUUCCCUAGCUCAGAACCUGCCUGUAUGUCUAAGACUUCUCACUGCUUAGAGUAAGAGUGGUAUUGGCCAAUUCCUGCAGGGUGGAGAACACUUGACAGCAGCAUUGCUCAUGUCUGUCAGGUACUAGCAUAACAGUGGGGAUGUCAUUACUAAUGACUGAAGGUAUUUGAGGAACCCCUUUUGUUAAAUCAUUCCCAUCCAGGAAACAUUAGUCUUAGUUCUGAAUCUUUUAGCUGAAGCUUAUUAUAAACACAGUGAUAAUCAGCUGUUUCUGUUUCUUCUAUGAACUGCUAAGGUCAUAGAGAAAGUUCAUGAAGAGAAAGCCUGAAACAAAGACAGAGAAGGGCUGUGUCUUUGCUUACCUGUUGGUUUAAUGUUAAUGUUUAGAAAAUUAAAAGGUUGAAUCCAGUGGGACCAGCAUCAUGUGGGACUGAGGGUUGGAAGUUGUGGGUGUCGGGACCAGGGGUAGAUUCUGACUACUAUCUCUAACACAGGGUUCAUUAGCAUGUCCAUAGAUGGGUCUUGACUUCUGCAUCCAGUCCCUCAGCUUUCCCAUUUCUGUCCUCUUUAUUUUCUCUGCAUCUGGGCUCAGACCCAUGGGAGGGGCCAACGAGUCGAGCGUCUCCGAGUUCCUCCUCCUGGGACUCUCGCGGCAGCCCCAGCAGCGGCUGCUGUUUGUGCUCUUCCUGAGCAUGUACCUGGCCACGGUCCUGGGGAACCUGCUCAUCGUCCUGGCCAUCGGCACAGACGCCCGCCUGCACACCCCCAUGUACUUCUUCCUCAGCAACCUGUCCUUCGUGGACGUCUGCUUCUCCUCCACCACCGUCCCCAAGAUGCUGGCCAAUCACGCCCUCGGGAGUCAGGCCAUCUCCUACUCUGGCUGUCUCACACAGAUGUACUUUGUCUGUGUUUUUGCUGACAUGGACAAUUUCCUUCUGGCCGUGAUGGCCUAUGACCGCUUUGUCGCCGUGUGCCACCCCUUACAUUACACAACAAAGAUGACUCGUCAGCUCUGUGUCCUGAUGGUCACUGGGUCCUGGGUCAUUGCCAACCUGAAUUCUCUGUUGCACACCCUGCUGAUGGCGCGACUGUCAUUCUGUGGGGACAACGCCAUCCCCCACUUCUUCUGUGAUGUGACUCCUCUCCUGAAGCUAUCCUGCUCAGACACACGGCUCAAUGAGAUGAUGAUUGUUUUUGAAGCUGGACUGAUCAUGAUCGCCCCCUUUGUUUGCAUCCUGGUGUCGUAUGUCUUUAUUGCUGCUGCUGUGCUGAGAGUGCCCUCCAUUCGGGGCAGGUGGAAAGCCUUCUCCACCUGUGGCUCCCACUUGGCUGUGGUGUUUCUCUUCUAUGGCACCAUCAUAUCCUUGUAUUUCAACCCUUCGUCCUCACACUCGGCUGAGAAAGACAUAGCAUCUGCAGUGAUGUUCACGGUGGUCACUCCCAUGCUGAACCCUUUCAUCUACAGCCUGAGGAACAAAGACGUAAAAGCUGCUCUUGGGAAAGUGGUGGCCAUGGGAUUCAUUUCUCCUCAGCGACAUAGGAUAAGGAAAUCCUGGUGGUAACUACUGUGAUUGGCUGUUGUAAGGUAGAUUGCUGUGUUGGGAGAACAAGAAUCUGGAAACAGAUUCCUCAGUACUCUUCAGUCCCUCUUUGACUUCAAUAUUCUUUAGUGUCCUGUGGUCAAAAUGUACUAAAAACACAGCUGCAUGAAGUGGACAUGAAUAGAUUGGGUUAGUGCUCAUAACAACAAGAGAUAACACUUAUCCUCAUGGAAACCUGAGGUGUCUCAAUAGGAGGGUGCUGCAGAGACUUGUAAGACCUGGAUUGUGUGAGGUGAUGUUGGUGAGGAAUGAGGCACUGGGCUUUUUGUUCAGGAUCAAAAGCCGUUACAGAGGAGGGAGCAUUCUGACUGGACCAUU